GAGCUUAUUUGAAGCUAACUCGCGACUUCACGAAUCGAAUACUUAAUACUUACAAGCUCACGGAUCGAAUCUAAGCUCAGUCCGCUUACACUCCUUUUAUUUUUUAUUUAUUUAUUUCAAUUUAUUUUUUAUUGUUGUUGUAAACAGCAAAUCUGAUUGGAUGGGAAAAGUGGAAAUGAUAUCAACUGCUAAUGGACUUUCUUUGCAUGCUGUUGGUUUGAGGUUGUCGCGAAACUCAAUGUCCUAUUCCACCAUUCUCUAAUUUCACAAACUCAAUAAUUAUUCAAAAUAAUGGCACAUCUAUUAUUUUGGCCCAUAGUUAUUACGCACACAAUCAUUUUCCAAGAUUCGGAUCAAUCUUUGUGUAGAGAGAGUAGGGGGUAGUAUUUUGGGGGACGAUUGUCUCUCAUUAGUAUAUUUUUGUCGAUUUUGAUAUAAUUAAAGGCAACAGAAAAAACCCAUUGUUUUUUCUGUGCUGAAUUUGUUGGAUUGUCUGGGUUUUCGGGAAAUUUCGAAAUUCUUGAUUUUCCGGCGAAGAUCGGAGGUGGGUUUUUUUAAAGACUUCCUCUAAUUCCCCGGGAAAUUUUAGAAAAGAGGCAUUGUAAAAAUCUUGAGUCUGAAAUUGGAAGAUUUUCGAAUGGGUUUUUAAAAUGAUCGAUUUUGGGAAUUCACAAAAUAUUUCUCUAAUCUGCAAUUACUUCUAUAGUCUGUUACUUAGAUUUGAGGAUUGGGCAGAAAAAUCUGAAAUUCAGAAAGAUUGGAUUUUUUGGGUAGAUUACAUGGGGAUGAAUAGGUGAUUGUGAUGAUCAUACUAUCAAUGUUAGCUCAAUGAUCAAGGGAUUACAUGUUAUUAGAUGUUUUGGAGCAGAGGAUUAUUGUAUGUGGAGUUAAAUUAGGAGAUUAUUUUCAUUAGUUCAUUUUCUUGGAUACCAUGUUUCUGUGAUUGCAUAUUAUGAUGAACAUGAGAUUCUUUGACAUUGUGGGCAAUUCUUUCGGAUGCUCUGCAUCCGGGGAGCGCCUCGUCUCUGCAGCAAGAGAGGGGGAUAUUCAAGAAGCUAAGGCUUUGUUGGAUUACAAUCCUCGUCUUGCUAGAUAUUCCACCUUUGGUGUUCGCAAUUCGCCUUUGCAUUACUCUGCUGCUCAAGGUCACCAUGAGAUUGUCUCACUCUUGCUCGAGUCUGGAGUUGAUAUUAACCUGAGAAACUAUCGUGGACAGACUGCCUUGAUGCAAGCUUGCCAGUACGGUCAUUGGGAGGUUGUUCAGAUUUUGAUUCUCUUCAAAGCCAAUAUCCACAGAGCAGACUACUUGAAUGGAGGAACUGCACUCCAUUUAGCUGCUCUGAAUGGCCAUUUCCGAUGCAUUCGGCUGCUCCUAGCUGAUCAUAUUCCCAGCAGCCCUGAUGUCUGCCGUAUCUUACGGAAAAGAUCAACAAAUAAUGAAUCUGUUUCAAAGUUUGACCAAGGUGCACUCCGUGUGAUAGUUAAUAGACCUGCUGAUGGAAGCGUCACUGCCCUUCAUAUGGCUGCACUGAAGGGACAUGUCGAUACUGUUCACCUUCUUCUGGAAUUAGGGGCUUCGGUAUCUGAUGUAACAGUGGAAGAUGGGGGAAUUAUUGAUUUAAUAGGUGCUGGUAGCACUCCGCUUCAUUAUGCUGCAUGUGGUGGUAACGCACAGUGCUGUCAGCUUUUGAUAGCCAAGGGUGCUAGUCUGACCGCAGAAACUGCAAACGGAUGGACCCCGUUGAUGGUCGCUCGUUCAUGGCAUCGAGAUUGGCUCGAGAGCAUUCUUAGCCAACAAUCAGGAGGCAAUAGAAGCAUUAGUCCUUCACCUUAUUUAUGUCUUCCUCUUAUGAGCAUAGUCGAUAUUGCAAGAGAAUGCGGAUGGAGAAACAACGAACCGUCUACAUGUUUAGACCCAUGCGUCGUAUGCUUGGAGAGGAAGUGCACAGUUGCUGCUGAAGGCUGUUCCCAUGAGUUCUGCACUUACUGUGCUCUCAACCUAUGCUCGACGAGUAGCACUUCCAGCUCGGCUCACGGACCACCCGGCUCAAUCGCCUGCCCCCUAUGCCGUCACGGGAUCACCUCCUUCGUCAAGCUUUCAGGGACUAAGCGCAUAACCAGAGAUACGGGUCGAACAAGAUCACUGCCCUUCUGCUCUUGUUCGGCCGACGUCUUGGACCCCACCUCUCAGGAGACGCCGUUGUACAGGCCAGACCUACCCUGUGCUCGACUCGCCCCUCUCGGUUCCUGCCAGUCCUCCCUCAACUGUCAGAUCUUUCCCUCGAUAAGAUUCAAUCCCGGCCUCUGCAUCAGAGCCCCCGGCACAAGCCCCGCCCUCGUCUCAACUGCUGUCGACCCCAGCCCGGAGAACGCGCUGGUUAGAUGCUCCAAACCGAGCUCUACGAGGUCGACGUCGCCGAACGAGGGCCGGAGAUGGUUGUGUUCCUUCGUUCAACCUCUACCAGCUGGAGCCGCUGCUGAAGAUUAAUACAAAUGUUUAUACAUUCAAGAUCUUAUAUCCACAGUAAAUUUGUAAGUAAAUAUUUGACAUCUAUAAUCAUAAUUAGUUGGUGCAAAUUUUAUGUUAGAAAUGAAAAUCAUAGUAAUAUAUAAGUUUAGUUGUGUAUGAAAGAAGAGGAAAUGCUGUUUGUCAAUUGUCAUAUAGCUAUAACAUUUUACUUUGUAUAUUAUUAUUGGUAUCUCUAAAUUUUUAUUUUAUUUUUCCUAUAGGUUA